GAUGUACCUACGUUGUAAUCUCUAACAAUUGGACGAGCAGCUAAGUGAAGAAGCGCUUUCUGCACUAUCUUUCGAUGUGGUCAUAGAGAUUUUGGCUAAGCUGCCGGACGAGAUGGAGAGGUUGGAAGAAAAAUGGAGAUUGGAGCUCUCAGACUUAGCGGAACUGCAGAAAAAAGCACUGCAGCUCAGCACAUCUAUCAAAAUGAAGCCUGGUAAGCGUGGUAGGCGUGGAGGAGGUAAAGGAAAAUUGUUGUUGCUGUAGGAGAC